CUGAUGACGUUCUAUUCAUUUCCGGUGGACGACUCGUUCAAUUAAAUAUUAAUUAAAGCGUUUUACGGCAAGCAUGCAUCAUUCACAACCAUCCUCCUCACAUGGAGGUGGUGGACCAAUACGACAGCCUAACAGACAUGAAGAUUUGGACUUUCCGUACUGUCCGGACUCGAACAAAUAUGAAAAACUUGCUAAAAUUGGACAGGGCACGUUCGGAGAGGUGUUCAAAGCAAGAGACAAGAAAACUAAACAAGUAGUUGCUAUGAAAAAAGUCCUCAUGGAAAAUGAAAAAGAAGGGUUCCCUAUCACAGCGUUGAGAGAGAUCAAGAUUCUAAAGCUCUUGAAAAAUGAGAAUGUUGUCAACUUGAUAGAAAUAUGCAGGACAAAAGCCACUCCAUACAAUCGUUACAAGAGCACAUUCUACUUGAUCUUUGAGUUCUGUGAACAUGACCUGGCUGGUCUCCUUAGCAACGCCAACGUGAAGUUUUCACUCGGGGAGAUAAAGAAAGUCAUGCAGCAGCUUCUCAAUGGUUUAUAUUACAUUCACACUAACAAAAUUCUGCACCGAGAUAUGAAAGCUGCCAAUAUACUUAUUACGAAACAAGGUGUGCUCAAAAUGGCAGAUUUUGGACUUGCUAGAGCUCUCAGUCAUUUAUCAAAGUACACAAACAGGGUGGUGACGUUAUGGUACCGACCUCCAGAAUUGUUACUUGGUGAAAGAAAUUAUGGCCCGCCCAUUGAUAUAUGGGGUGCUGGGUGCAUAUUAGCGGAAAUGUGGACACGGUCGCCGAUCAUGCAAGGAAAAACAGAACAACAUCAGUUACAGUUGAUCAGCCAGCUCUGUGGUUCUAUCAAACCAGAGGUUUGGCCCGGAUGUGAUAAACUUGAACUUUAUUCCAAGUUAGAGAUUCCAGAUGGGCAUAAACGGAAAGUGAAAGAAAGACUCAAGCCUUAUGUGAAGGAUCAAUAUGCGUUAGACCUGCUUGACAGGUUGCUGUGUCUUGAUCCUACAAAGCGUAUAGACUCGGACACGGCUCUCAAUCAUGAUUUCUUCUGGGAAGAUCCACCCCCACAGGACCUCAGUAGAAUGUUGUCACAGCACUCUACGUCGAUGUUUGAGUACCUGGCCCCUCCAAGACGCCCUCAAGCUAGAGGAGGCCCUCCAGUGCCACAGCAGCCAAGACCCCAACCGAACAUGGAUCAACACUUUGAGAGAGUGUUCUGAAUAGUAGAAUUUUCUGAAAUUUAGAUAAAAUAUGUUUUAAUCUGAUAAGUAAGUAGAGUUCAGUCAUCAACCAUGACUAUAAAACGGGAGGUAUAAAAAGGAAUGUGUGACAAAUCACUCCAGCAAAAAAAAUCCCCAUUACAGUUCGAUCAAGGCAGACAAAUAACAGUUUAUAAGGUGACAAUUUUUAACUGUUUGUGCACAUAUAUAUAUAAUUUUAAAAUCCCCUGUCAAAGAAGAGGGAGUAUAUUCUUUUGCCUACCUUGGUUGUUUUAUCCAAAUGUCAGUAAACAUUUCAUGUCAGUAACAAGAAAAUAGCUCUGUCCAGCACUGGAAGAACUUCGUAGGAUGAUUGUCUAUUGCUUUUAUUGUGGUGGGUCAGAGUGGGAGUGGUGGGGGAGGGAGUUUUGGGUUGUCAUCGUUUACCACAAGUUCAGUAUUGCUUUAUUAUGCUCCCCAAAGGGCAAACAUAUAGUUGCCACUUUGUCCGUCCUUCCAUCCAUCUGUCUGUCCGUCACACUUUUGUUCAGAGUAUAACUUUAAAAGUAUUAAUGUCAUUUGAUUGAAAGUUCACACAAUCAUAGAGGCCAUUGAGACAAAGUGCAGUGUCAAAUAAUCAUAACUCUACCUUACCUAGUUUUUGAAUUUUCUCCUUUAUUAUACAAAAUAGACUGGAGCAUUACUUGAAAAGUAUUAAUGGCAUUUCAUUAAAACUUCACAAAAUGAUAGAGGCCAUUGACGGGAAGUACCAUAACUCUACCGGAGCAUCAAUCGGUUUUACCGAUUCCUUAAUAAUGAUAUGGUCCAAGCCAGUAUGUGGAUUUUUGAGAAUCAAUACAUUUUUAUGCCCCCGAAGGGAGGCAUAUAGUUUUUGAACCGUCUGUCGGUCUGUCGGUCUGUCAGUCUGUCGGUCUGUCCGCAAUUUCCGUGUCCGGUCCAUAUCUUUGUCAUCGAUGGAUGGAUUUUCAAAUAACUUGGCAUGAAUGUGUACCACAGUAAGACGACGUGCAGUGCGCAAGACCCAGGUCCGUAGCUCAAAGGUCAAGGUCACACUUAGACAUUAAAGGAAAGUGCAUUGAUGGGCGUGUCCGGUCCAUAUCUUUGUCAUCGAUGGAUGGAUUUUCAAAUAACUUGGCAUGGAUGUGUACCACAGUAAGACGACGUGCAGUGCGCAAGACCCAGGUCCGUAGCUCAAAGGUCAAGGUCACACUUAGACAUUAAAGGAUAGUGCAUUGAUGGGCGUGUCCGGUCCAUAUCUUUGUCAUCGAUGGAUGGAUUUUCAAAUAACUUGGCAUGAAUGUGUACCACAGUAAGACGACGUGCAGUGCGCAAGACCCAGGUCCUUAGCUCAAAGGUCAAGGUCACACUUAGACGUUAAAGGAUAGUGCAUUGAUGGGCGUGUCCGGUCCAUAUCUUUGUCAUCGAUGGAUGGGUUUUCAAAUAACUUGGCAUGAAUAUGUACCACAGUAAGACGACGUGCAGUGCGCAAGACCCAGGUCCGUAGCUCAAAGGUCAAGGUCACACUUAGACAUUAAAGGAUAGUGCAUUGAUGGGCGUGUCCGGUCCAUAUCUUUGUCAUCGAUGGAAGGAUUUUCAAAUAACUUGGCAUAAUGUGUACCACAAUAAGACGACGUGUCACACACAAGACCCAGGUCCGUAGCUCAAAGGUCAAGGUCACACUUAGACGUUAAAGAUCAUUUUUCAUGAUAGUGCAUUGAUGGGCAUGUCCGGUCCAUAUCUUUGUCAUUCAUGCAUGGAUUUUAAAAUAACUAUGCAUGAAUGUGUGACACAGUAAGACGAUGUGUCGCGCGCAAGACCCAGCUUCGUAGGUCAAAGGUCCUAAACUCUAACAUCGGCCAUAACUAUUCAUUCAAAGUGCCAUCGGGGGCAUGUGUCAUCCUACGGAGACAGCUCUUGUUUUUUCAAUCAUUGACAGUCAUAAUGGCAGUGCAUUAAAGAGCAAGGCCACAGUGACCUUGACACUGAAAUGGUUUCAGAUCAGUGGUUGGAGCCUGUUUGACCCUUUGACCUCCAAACUUCAUAUCAUGAUUGUCUAAUGUUCGAAGAUGACACCUGUCCCUUUUGGUGUUAGGAGGUCAAAGACCAGUAACAGCAUAAUUCAGACUAAAAAAUACACACCCAUUUACAUGCAACAAGCAAUCUGACUAAAGUACUUGAUCUUCUAAACGAAGAUCUGAGAACGACCCAUUCACAUACGUCUUCUGUAUAUUUUGGAUUUCCAGUAUUACUAUUUUUAUUUUAACCAAUCAGACGACUUGUUCGAAUACCAAAGAGUAAGAAAAAUAUGCAGUUAUUUCAGGGCUCGAACCCGGGACCCCUCGCUUACAAAGCAAGUGGCCUACCGACUGAGCUAACCGGCCAUCUGACACAAUACGACAAAAGAAUUGUAAAUAUCAAAAGUCAAGGCUACAGGUAGAUUUACAAAAUGUUGUAAGCUAAGCUCUAAUUGGCUAGCGAAAGGGUCGUCAGAACGAGGCCAUGAAUAGGUCGUUCUCAGAUCCUAUGCGUAGCGUAAUAGGAUAUGUACUUUAGUCAGAUUGAUGCAACAAGUGUAUUUUGGGCGGCAUAUAUAUUUUACGAAUCAUGUCUUGUUUUCUGGAUAUAUUUAGAGACAGGAAGGUCUUUUUUACAAAAAUAGACAAGAAGCUGCAGGACAGUUGAGUUAACAUGGUGAAACAUCCUUUUUUUCACACAAUCUUUUUUCAAAUUCUUAUUGAAACAAUAUUAGUUUCAUUGAAAUUAAGUCUUAUAAGGUGUUUUUAAUUGAAUUAUAGAAAAUAAAGAAAGAAAAUUGUU